GUUUUGCAUCAAUUUAAUGAUUUUUUUUCAAGAUGCAACUUAAUAUUAAUAAGAUCGCAGCAUCCUCUCUGUUCAGUUUGUAGUUUUUUUAUGUGAUCGAAAGACUGUAAAAUGUUUCGUGUCUUCGUACUUUCAUUGUUGGUUGCUGCUGCUUCAGCAACAGACGAUAGUCAACUUCCUACUCGUGACCAGAAUCAGCAAAAUUUAAUCAAUGCUUUAAAACUGAAUCAAGAUCAAAUUAAAUCGGCUGAUGAAGGAGAACAAGCUUCCCCUGAGCACUUGGCUUACGAAGCCAAACUCGGAUUACCUAUGGAUAAAAUAUCUUGCAAGGGGUUAUUCGUGGAAAAAAACAGAAUCAAGUUCACUCUGUAUAGCAUGCCUAGCCAAAACAUCACAUGGGAUGCUUCUCAAAAUGUGAAAAUCACCCCCUACUUCGACCCUGAAUUACCAACCCAGAUCUUAAUCAGCAGCAGAUUACAAUCCGAAAAAGCCUUCCAACCAGCUGAAUUAGCUUUCACCUAUGGAAUUCGUGGAAACAAAAUGAAUGUAAUCUCCGUCAACUGGGACGAUUACGCUAACUGCUUUUAUUUGCAAAACGUUAUUGGUACCGUACCUGAAUUGGCCACCAUCGUCAGUGACAUGAUCAAAAAUACCCUGGUUGGUAUGAAUGGAAUGGACUACGACAAACUUCGUUUAACUGGUUUUGGUUUUGGAGCUCACAUUGCUGGUUUAGCUGCUAGAAAAUUACCCAAGAAACCCGCCAGAAUUACAGCUUUGGACCCGUCUGGUUUAUUAUUCAGCCUGUUGGGAGAAAAUUAUAGAUUGAAGAAAGGUGACGCUAAAUUCAUCGAUGUCAUUAUGACCAACCGUGGAGUCUUUGGAAUGCAACAAUUAGUCGGAGAUAUCAACUUUUUACCCAGUGGAGGACGCAUACAAAAAGCUUGUGAAAACAAGACCCUGAUUCAAAAAAACACCUGCAGCCACCGUCUUGCCUUAGAAUACUACAUUGAAUCGGCCAACAAAGCUACUCACGGUUUUGUCGCCAAACCAGCUACUUCCUGGACUGAUUUCUUGGCCCAGAAAACUUUCGUCGAGCAUUCCGAAAUCAUGGGUGAAGCUGUAUCUCAAAAGUACACUGGUAACUACUACCUCGAAGUGAAUGCCCAACGUCCAUACAGUAGAGGAGUCAAUGGUGCUUACUUGUUCACCAAAGCAUCAGUUGACCCAUACCAGAAAGGACCCCAGAACACUGUAUAUUCUCAAAAUGAAUUGCCUUCACAAAAACCCAAAUCCCCUAUUGCUGAAUUACAAUCCCAAGCUGAAUUAUCCCAGCAAUAAGUGUAACGUUUAUGAACUUCCAACGAUAAACAAUGUUGUACUAGUAAUUUUAUAGAAUAUUGAUAUUAAGCGGAAACGCUGAAUAAAUUUAUGAUUUAAAUUCA